UAUGGGGUAGAACAAGUCCUCCAUUUAUUUAAAAAAAAAUAUUAUUGAUGAGUCAUUGUGGACGUACUAACACCUGUAAGUUGCACUAAAUGCAUCGAUUUGUCUGUUUUCUGAAACAGAAAUGCAAUCUGAUGAUAAGUUAUGACUUUUAUUUUGAAAAAUGUAUACUUUAAUAGUCAAAAAUACUAAAUUAAAUGCACAUUUUAGUCUAUUAACCAUUUAUACACACAUUUUCAAAUAUCCCUAUACAUAUGUGCUAUUCAAAAGUGCGUUGUUUAUUUAGUAUUUUGUUAGAUGUCAGAUUGUCAGACGACAUUUUGAAGAAAGAAGUUUUAUUAUCGUUUUGAUUAUAAACUAAAAAGAGCCUCAGGGCUCUUCCAGGCUAAAAUAGUUCCACGGUAUGAUCAGUUGAAAACAUUUGACACCUUAUUUUAACUUAUUAGGACCUGCUGUACACAUGCACAUUUUGGGUUAUACUACCACAGUACUUAUUUCUGCUUAACUGUGUAGAGGAUUAGCUCAAAUAUUAGCUUAAGUCUUAAAGUCCCUCUCUAAUCAUCUUUUGAUCUAUUUUCAAAGUAUUCCCAGUAGUUUUUUUUUAAAUAGUAUUAUGCAGAUUUUAGCCAAAAAAAAAAAAGUGUUGUUUUUUCUGGGACAUAGUUUCUGCAGAGCGGCAGGAGUUCAUUAGAAUAGCGUCUGAGUCGUGGGUAGAACUGGUGCUGCAGAGUAAGCCUGCCCCCACAUCCCAACAUCCACCUGUGUCCCACUAGCUUACAGCCCCUCAAAACCUAACAUUACUGGUGCAUCAAAAAUGGCGAGCAAAAUUGAAGUUACAAAUACUAAAAUUUAUGCUUAAUUUUCCUAAAAUAUGUCCUCCAUCAAGCACAAAAACUGAUAGAAGUUCAUGUCUGUCACUCUAGAGGCUACUUUUGGCAAAGAUGCACAUUGCUGCAUGUCUGGAGGCAUUUGAAUCGCUUCCAAGGGUAAAUUUAAUUGAUGUUUUAAGGGAUAUUUGUUGUUUUUCGCUGUAUUUUAGGUGAUAAUUGUAAAAUCAUUCUAAAAUCACACACACAAAAAAAUUUUUUUAGUGGAGUUGGUCUUUAAAAUGUUAAUAUAAUAUUCUUUUUACACCCAAAUAGACUAAAUAUCGUGAAAAAGCAUCAUGCUAUUACAACAGAUGUUCAAUCAGAGUGAUAUUAUUCAAGAUCAUCAUAAAAUUAAAAAAUAUCUUGUUUUACUUGUCUGCUAACUUUAGCACAUUUUUUAAAAAAUCUCAUGAUUUAUGCUUCUUCAAGUUCUAAUUUGUUAUAUAUUUUUUUUAUUUAAAAUACAUGCUGCUCACACACCCCUUAUGGGGGGGACAUUCUACUCUCUGUCAAGUCAUUCAUGACCCCACAAGUCCAUUAAAAAUACUCUAUAAUGAUAAAAUGUAUUUUUCCAGAAUUUCCCACACCAUGAUACAGCCACCACCCAAAAAUAAUGUUCUUGUAUCAGUGUGGGAACUUGUGUUUUCUCUACUUUGACUUUGAAUGUUUCACAUUUUACUCAGCAAUCUUAUAAAUGUUUUAUUUUUCCACACACAGGUGGACCGUCAGAUGACUUUGUAUUGGUUUAUGAUGCCGCUCAGUUGCUCCCCUUUACAGGAGUCACCACAAAAUUACUAAUUUAUAGAUCUGGUUUAGUUUUAAUGUUAGACACCUUUUGACAUUACUAGACUGUAAGUAAACCGGAACUAGAACCUCACGGGUCCUAUAUUCACAUCUCUCUGUCCCAGAGCCUUUAGACUGAGUCAUGAUGCUUUUUUAUUUUAGGAUAUGAAUCGUAUUGGAAGACUUCAUUAAAAAGAAGUACAACUUUUUUUUUUUUUAAAUCAAAUCUUAACUCCCAUAAUCCCAAAGCUAAUAGUUUAUUCUGAAGUUGCUGCCAUAUUCCUGCUCAUAAAAGCAAAUUCGCUUUUUUUUUUUUUCUUUUUGCUAAAAGUGAGAUUUUAUUAAUAAUCUGUGAACUUUACUGGUUAGAUUUGAGGUGGAGCAUAUGCCUCCUGAAAUUUUAGAUGUCAUAAUAUUGCAUACAUGGAAGCAGUGUUAUAGGGCACAACAGUGAAGUCAUUAAGAAGCUUACAGACGUUCUGGCAGAUUAGGUUUUUCCCCUUCUAAUCCUGCAGAUUACCACUGCACAAGCUUGCUGGCUGUGAGGGUUUCAUUGCGUUGGAAAAGAUUCUUCACAUUGAUCACUUUUCUGUUGCUGCUCCAUCAUUGAAUGUAGGAUCAGGAUGGAUUCAAGCUGUUAGAAGAGGAGGUUUCUGUGCUGCAAAAUCCUCAGUUGCAGGCAGGAAAAAGCUUGAAAAAAACAUCAGAGAUGGCGCCAGGAUUCAGACGUGCAUUCUGACUGGAUUUACUGAAAUGGUCUCUGUAGCAAAAUGGAGACAGAGCCACAUUGCGAAGAGCAGAUAGUCCCCGUAACUGCACCUAUGGAGGCUGAGGUAAGAGCAGCUAUUGCUGAGACCGCCGAUGCAGACUGUCCGGAUAAAUUGCCACGUGGAUCCGUAGAAGCAAGUGAUAAAGUGGAGAACUGUGAAGAGGACAGUGAGGGAUUUAAGGUGAAGGAGUCCCCCGAUGCUAAGCAGGAGACUGAAGAGACCGAAUGCAAGGAGGAGAAGAAACUGAGGAAAACAAACAGUUGGAAGAUGGUACGAUUUCAGGACCCAUCCACAGAUGAUGAUGUGUUGGAGAGGGACAGCUCUGCAGAAAUUCUGUUUCCGGAAUAUGCUGUGGAGGAGUGGACUUCUACGCCCUUUGAGCAGCUGUUUGUGGCAGACGAUUGGGAAAACAUAACAGAGGAGCAUUUGUUAAGGAAAAAGGUGCUGAAAUGUGGGGAUGUACAGGUCCCACGCCCCACUUGGGGACAGGAAGUGACCAUAAUGAUGCAGGGUGUUCUUGAGGAUCGCACUGUGGUGGAGAAGGACUGCAAGCUCGUCUUUGUGAUCGGAGAAGGGGAUGUAAACCAGGCCUUGGAGGAGUGUGUCUUGUCCAUGCAGAUGGGUGAAAUCACAUUACUGCUGGCAGAUUCUCAGUAUGCCUACGGACUUCUGGGAAGAGAGCCUGAUAUUCCAGCAUGGGCUCCUAUUCUCUACCAGCUGCAGCUGCAGGACAUCAGAGACAAACCAGACCCGCUGGCUCUGCCCAUCGCCGACCGCAUCCGCAUCGGCAACCAGAAACGAGAGCGAGGAAACUUUCAUUUCCAGAGGGAGGAAUACAGCUUGGCUGCCAUGGCUUACUGUGUGGCUCUGGAAGUGCUGACUACUCGCAGCACAGAUGGCAGCAAUGUCGGCACAAAGGCUGAAGAGCAAGAGGUUCAGGAAUACAGAGUGAAGUGUUUGAAUAAUUUGGCCACCACUCAGAUCAAGCUGGAGCAGUUCAAUGAGGCGCUGCACACCAGCCGGGACGUCCUGACCCUUGAGCCAAACAACGUCAAGGCCCUCUUUCGGGCAGGAAAGCUGCUGUCAGACAAGGGUGAAUACAAAGAGGCCAUGGAGGUGCUAAAAAAAGCCUUGAAACUGGAGCCUGCCACCAAGGCAAUCCACGCCGAGUUAUCCAAGCUGGUCAAAAGGCAAUCGGACGGCAAAGACACCCAGCAAUGGAAAGCCAAACCUGCUGAGAUACUUGGAGACAACAUCAACCCCUUCCUGAUUCCCUCCAAGAAGAAACCCUCUGGAAUUUCAUGGAAGUUCAUCCUGGGAGCUCUCGUGGUGGCCUUGAGCAGCUUGGUGACAUCUGUGAUUCUGACUGCAAGAAACUGACAUCCUGUGAGGGAGAAAGCAGCACCUCCACUUCUGUUUCAUGAGAUCUCUACUAAAUAAUCAUCAUAGCAGCACUAAAGAGUUUUUUCUUUUUUAUUGAGAGUUCCAGUGAGAUGUAAAAGGCCACGUGUUUCCUAAAAGAUUGUCUUCUCACAUCAGACGGUUAUAAAACAUCAGUUUUCUGAAAAUCCUUCAUCAGAACACGAGUGCAGGUCACAAAAAAUGUGUAAGAAAA